AUGUUUGCGAAGCCGCCGGAGAUUGCCCAGAUGGCCUCCAACAUAUCCAUCAGCCUGAGGAAGUACUCGUUCACUGACACGGCUGAGAAGCCUUUCGAGUGGGAGCAUGAAAUGAGUCCUGGACUCACUCUCACGUUUGCUCCGCCGCACCUCAAGAUUACCAUCGGGAGAAAAGUGUUGGACUCAUUGGACGUGCAUCAAAAAGUGCAGCAGACGAAGACCCAGCUUGCAGCUAUGCAGGCAAAUGGUACUUCGCUUCGCAAUGAUGAUCUUCCCAUCUCGGCCAUGAUCCGCCCUAACCAGCCAGCUCUUGGGAUUCUUUACAAGAGAUCAUCGAAAAAGAUUCGGCGCAUGCAGCUCACUUUCAACUCAAUGAGCGACGCCAAGAUUGCCUACGAUCUCGUUGUGCGCUCAGGCGUGAAGAUGUUCACAAGCAAAGCUCCCUCCGGACCGCCAGCUUCAGACAGUUCAGUUCUACCGCCGUCACAGGCUGCUGCAGAAAGUCGACCGAGCAGCGCUAUGUCGGAUGUGCAACUUUCGCAGUCUUCCACCGUGGGAGUUCCUGACUACCCUUCAUCUCCGCCUGGUAUGCGGCGUCUCGCACUACAGAACUCCUUGCGAGACUAUACGAGCAACGAGCAGUCCAUUUUCGGUAAACCCAACGGACUUGAUGAGGGUGAUCGGCGGCCCUCAACAGCGCCAGCUGCUGGACUCGCCCCGAGUCUCAUGGACAUGAUACCUCCUAGGCGCGAGCUCCCUUUCUUACGACCAAACUCCCAAGGCUCUGGUGGCGCAUCGGGAGAUUCAUUCAUGGGAGUUCAAGCUGCUAGCGGCAGACCGCCAUCCUCAAGCAACCGCCCUUCUACUGCUAAUCUUCCGCCUCUCAAAGGCCCGACAUAUGUUCUCCGCCCCAAUGCGACUAAGCAUAACCACCAGCAUAGUACAGGAAUGCCGCCCCCACUCACUCCUCAGUCUUCUACGAGUCAAUACUUCAACUCACAGCCAGCUUCGGCAUCCCACACACCCAGUUCAGAAAGCUUGAUGGGCUUACGUCCGGGGGCAUCGCCUUUGAGAGGACCACUGAUUGACAACGCUGACAGAAACAAGCCUUUGUACCCGCCGAGGAAAUCGUACUUGGACAACGAAGCAGCAGCAGCUAAUGCGACCAGAAAGCCAGACUGUGUAGAUGAUGAAGGCUUUGCUGAGCUGCUCAGAACCGCAACCCAACCUGAUGCUUCCGGGCGCCUUCAGUCCUUUGCAGCGCAGCCUCGGAAUGACAGAGAAGACAUGCUCAAUGACUUUUUCGUGGGUUGCAUUGAAGAUGAUGCCUUUAUCACCCUCUGCCAAGAUGUGGCUGCCAACUGGCGUCGUGUCGGUCUGGGUUUGCAGUAA